CUACAGAGGCCGACGCAGACGUGCUGGGUGGCGUACCAGGCGACACAGCCGAAACUCGCUGGUAUCAUCGCCAGUCGGGAUAUGGUCAUCCUCUUCAUCAAUCGCUACGUCAACGGCUCCCACUUCGUUUCCACGAGCAGCACGGAGUGGCCGGGGAUGGAGCCGAGGGAGGACAGAGUGAGGGCGACGAUGCACCAAGGAGGCGGAAUGUCGCUAUCGCCGGACCCGGCGAGGAACCGGACCAGGCUGCGCUGGGUCAGCACCAUCGACUUCAACAUCCCCCUCCUCACGAAGAUCGUCUCGCCGUCGAUCCUCAAGAUGAUCUACGUGGAGGGAGUCCGGAACUACAUCACGGACAUGAGGAAUAACCUAAUCGCCAGGCGCGAAAUUCUCGCCCCGCGAGACUGAAGUUCGGAUGUGAAAUUCUGAGAAAUGCCAUUUUCUGCUGGGGUGGACUUUUGGGGGGGAAAUUUUGUUGCUUCGUCGGAGGCAAACCAUAGGAGUGGUUCAUGCAGU